AAGGUCGCCAGGGGCGCAACAAUCGCUGAUCAUAUGCUCAAGCUCUGACAACCCGUCAAACUAGGCCCCUUUUUUCGCCGAAUUUCGACCGAUUUUGCGCGCAAAGCCGCGUUCCCGGGUCAUUUUUCUCAAGAUUAAGAGUCGCGCGGCAUGAUUGCGUGACGAAACCCGCACAAAUUCGUCGGUAUUGAGGGAACACAAAAAAAGUCAUGGAAAUUACGCACAUCAAAGACGUCCGCCCUGGAAUGAAAAAUCUCAACAUCGAGUUCAUCAUGCUGGAAAUAGGUCACCCCACCCUGACGAAGGACAACAGGGAGGUGCGCUCGUGCAAAGUUGCAGACCAGACUGCCAGCAUUAACAUUUCAAUAUGGGACACCCCGGGACAACUGCUCGUCCCAGGGGACAUAGUUCGCGUUAGCAAAGCCUACACCACAAUCUGGAGGAACUGUCUCACCCUUUACUCAGGCAAAAACGGAGAGGUCCAAAAAAUAGGCGAAUUUUGCAUGGUCUUUUCGGAGCAGCCAAAUAUGAGCGAGCCGAACCCUGCCCUGUCUGUGCAAGCGCCCCAUCAGCCUCCCGCGGCCAACAACGGCAGCAAUGGUGGUGGCAACGGUGGUCGACCGCCCCCUCAGCAGCAACCGCCACAGCCAGGAGGACCGAUGGGUCCAAUGGGCACUGGCAUGAUGCCCAACAGCAAAGGUGGCCGCUUCAACAACUCGGACAAGGCCGCUGAGAUGAACGGCCGCUCGAGACCUAUUGCGCCCAACGGAAUCAUGAAGGUGGCCAAUGGAGCGAUUCCGAGAAGAUAGCACAACCCCUCCUGCUGAAUGGAUAUGAAUAGUGUUCUGUGAAUGACUGGAUUUAAAUGGCGUCGGCGAUCAAGUAUUUUUCCAAUGCAAUUGCACUCAUAUUUAAUGUGGCAGAGAGCAUGCCAAAAUUUUGUACUGUGGACUCUUAGUGUAAAUCAGUGAAAGAAAAAAAUCUUCCAACAGACUAUUACAGAUUUGAGAUUUAAUUAAAUCAAUAAUUGCAAAUUACUGAUUAAAAGAAUGAUGAAUAUAUUAUUGGGUUUCUAUUUAUGAUAUAUUUAUUUCCUUUGUUUUAAAAAAAUUUUCGAAAUUUUGUCAUCGUUUCUCUUUAUAAUUAAUAUAAAUUGUCAUAAUUAUGGUACAUUUUAUUCAUUUUA